GGAAAAAAAAUAAAUAAGAAAAUGUACUAAAAUGUGAAACCACUGAAAAAAAAAUGUAUGGGAAAUCAGGAAAGUACUUUCACUAAAAUGUCUGAAGUUGCUGGUCAGUGAAACAGACAUUUGACAGUUGCCUGUUUUCUAAGUAAAUUUAAUUUAUGGAGAAUUUUUCAAUAAUAAUCAUAAUAAUAAUAUAAUUAAAACAUUUCACAAAAAGAGAAAGAGGGUCCGUUAUAUUUUUAAGUUAUAAUAUGAAAUCCAAAACAGCAACACGUAUCUUGAUAACAUCUUGCGAUACUAUGUAGCAUUCUCAUUAUAAUCCCAUUUGAGCUGAUUCAGCAUUUAUCGCGCUCUCAUGAAUGUUCCCUUUCAAGUUGCUCUCGUGACAUGCGCUAAUCCACCCGCAUAAAAUUACCAUCGCUGAUUUAUGUUUUUGCAACAAAUGCCAGGUUGAACCUCUCCUCUCAACCUAAAGGAGGUCGCAUGCAUCAUUUCUACACGGAAUCUCUCACUGUGUGAAUUGUCUGACCUCAGCACCAGUUUCCCAUGCUGCCUUAGUCCAUCUGAGCCAGGACUAGAAGUCAAUGUUGUACAAAUGUUUUGUUGCUACUCUAUGAAAUUACACACUUUGCAGAUGAGACUUUAAUAACUGGGAAUAUUAUUCUUUUUUUUUUAAAUUUUUUUAUUUAACUUCUAAGUAUUACAGACUUUUCCAGGGAAGUGCAAAUGUUGGCAAAUGUGACAUAUCUUUAAAAUUUGAAGUGACUGUCAUAGAUAGCUUGUCACUUGGAUUUGUCUUAGCGUUGCUGGGACAGCUGACUGUGAUGAGAGGGUGCACUGUCAGAAGGUGAAGUGCUAGACACUCACGGCUCGCCUGCGGCUAAUAGCAUUAGGUCGUGAGGGGAAAAGGUCACUGACAAUCUGAAGCAGCAAACAAAGAGGUGAUUAAUUAAAAAGGAGUACAACUAUAGACAGGAACUGCUUUGUGUAACAUGUCACUUUCCAUCGAUUCUUUGCGUUUUAUUGACAAAUGUCCCAAAUCUCUUUAUAGUGUAAAUAUCUCAGGCCAGUCCCAAGAGAGUUAAAAUGUUGUGAUUUGAAAAUCUGGCUUAAAGUUUAUGUUCGCUUUAAAAAAAACAACAAAAAAAAACAUAUAUGGGUUACAAAGUUAGCCUAAUUUAAAAAUUAAGGCUUAAAAAAUGUGAUAUUACUUGAUAUUGAUUUUAACUAAAACUCAUAAAUGAUAUGAUUUUAGCUUCUAUAAAAAACAGAAGCUUUCGAUUCUCGCCCAUUUUAACAGUGCAAGAAAAAAAACUAAAUUAUUUGGAGAUGAAGUCACAACAUCUCAGAAAAAUAUGUCAUUGCUGAAAACCAGGAUAAUAAUUCUGAUUAAGAUCAACCUAAGAAUUGAAAACAUAAUUUAAAAGUUGUUGUGAUGACGACUGCGAUUCAACGUGUUGUGCAGCUUUUGUGCAAAAACAUUGGCUGAUAACUGGAAUUGGACAAUUCUGAGCUUGAACCCAAAGAAUUUCUGGCAUAACUUCGUCAACUCUCAGUGUUCAUGGAUCGGGUCAAAGACCUGAUAAGACGGAGACAUCAGCAACACUUGAAUUGCUGAGAAACAACUUAAGUGGUAGACCAAUGCAUUUCUCAGCAUUUUAAGUGUUACUACAGUCUGCUUCACCAUAAUAAUUAUGAGCAUGAGUUGAAAAACUGAAUAUUUUUGAUCAAUGAAUGUACCAGUCAUUUAGAAGGGAUUUUCAGAGGAAACUUUUUUUUUUUUUUCCCACAAAGACAUGUCAGAUAUUGACCAUUGAGUGGACUUCAGUAAAUACCUGAAAAGCUUAACAUAUUGCAGCAAAGUUGCUCUGUUUAGGGGUUUUGAACAAUCAACCACUUACAGGACAUCCCGGAUUUGGAAACUUCAGGAUUAAGGAAGGGGUUCACAUUUUCCAGGGAACAGACGCCGAGGCUGAUGUUCACAGUUACUAAUGCUAACCUUGCUAAUCAUGCUGAUUGAUAAGAUGCUUGAAAAAGCUUAAAAUGUCAGCUUCAAAUAAUUUUAAGUAUUUGAACUUUGUUUAACUCAUCUGCUUCUAAUAUAAAAUUAUUAAUCAUCACCCACAGCAUCCUAUAUUUCUGAGCACUUAUAAUACAAAGAAAUCAGAUUAAGAUGAAACCAGUGUUGGCAGGUCAAAAGCUUUGUAAAAACCAGGAAACAGUUAUGGGAAACAAAUCUUUGAUCAUUGAAUUUCUUAUGCAUUACUACUAAAUUUUGAUCAAAUAAUAUGCCAUAUCAGGUCAUUAAAAUUUUGGAUUUUGUUUUUUUUUUUUUUCUGUUAUUAAUCAUUCAGAUUAUUCAUGGCAAGCACAAAGUUAUCACACGUGUCCAUAAAUGCCGACAUAAUCUCCAAAGAGAUUGCCUGUGCUUUCCCCCUCUGUAUCAUUAUAUAAUGGUCAUACAUCUUUGUCUGAUCCUAACUGCAUAGAUUUUGCUCAUCCCUUCAUAUCCUGGGAUGCAAUGCGCUCACAGAAAUAAACAAACUUGAGCAAAACCGCAAGGUCAAAUUCGUGUUUCAGCAACAUCUUAGCUUUCAGGAGCGGAUCUGUCGGAGGGGGACCUGAAUGUUUUAUAUCGGGUUAAAGUUCUCUGCCUUGCUGCAACGGAGGAGAUCGAGCUGCAAAGUCUGAAGUUCAACAUGAGGUGUGGUUUUAAACAAAGCCGCGUCAGGCACAAGAGCAAGCAGCAUAGUUAUAGAAAAUUAUAUACACAGGGCUAAAACAGACAAUAAUGCAAUACUGCUACGGCUGCAUUGGUCUUGUAGCGAAUACAGUGAACGUGACUAAAAAAAAGAAAAAUAAGUCAGGUUAAACAACUGUAAUUUAGAGAGAGGCUAACACAGACCUUUUAACAAGGUGACUUUUUGCAUGUGAAAAGACAGCAUGCUAUAUUGUCAGUGACGAGCCCCCGUACCCCCCCCCCCCCACCCCCCCUUAACUCGUCAACCAACGGUUGCUUCACUUUUAGCCCAGCUUUACUUACUAUCGUCUCUCGGACGCGGUUGUGGAAAAGUUGCUCCCUAAUCGACACUUCGUCCGUUUCCAUCCUCUAAAAACCAUGCCACUGCCCUGAGCCCUGAAGCCGCUGAGAGGGCCAGUUUGAUUAAAAAUGAUGAACCGGUUGCAUCGUAGCAAGUCAGCAACGGAUGUAUCAGUUGGUUAGAAGGGCUGAGUUUUAAAAAUCGGAUACAACUACCCUGAUCAAAACCGGGCGGGGCGGGGACAUUGGGGCGGGGCUUAGCACCAGAAUGGAUCCCAUUGAUUGGUCGAGGCAGCUGCCAAUCAGAGCUAAACUUAAAGAGGUUAUUUGGCUUACAGAUGUUCUGUGCAUUUUUCCUAAGUAGCAAAAAAGAAAAAAAAAGAGCACAUAUCUAGUAGCAAGACGAUAUUUGAAUUGAAAAGAACUAAUUUAUGUAUCAUAAUUAUUUACACCAUAAUAGAGGAAAUCUGUUUAACAUUUGUUAUUUUUUGUGUUUGAAAUUUUGCACACCCCAAAUGACAUUUUUAUUGUUAACAAAAAACCCAUAAACUUUAAAGCAUCUUCUUAAUUACAUUCAUCCAUACAUACAUUUUCUUAUAAGACUAGGAUAAUGAGUAACUUUAUGAAGAAGGCUGCCUCAGUUCUGGGAGUUGUUCUGGAGUUUCUAGAGCUGAUUGUGCUAUAAAGAAAUCUCUGAAAUGAAAAACAUCAUAAAGAACCAUAUGCAUCUUCUUUGCAACACAGCAAUCUAGCAAUAGAGAGUCACCAGUGAUACACAUCUUCAAAUCUAAUUAAGGACAGGCUGCUGUUGCAAAAGAACCUUGAAUAAUAAGGAUUAUUAAACCAUAAAAUUUUAUAUUGGGAUCAAUGAAAUAUUAUUGAAUUAAAUUAAACUGAACCAAAUUGAACAAAUGUGCUUGAUGUGUGUCGGACGUCGGAACUCAGAUCAAGAAAUUAAGCCUCCCCCUCAAGGUUGCAACCCAGAAAAUGAAAAGCAGAGGGUUAAUCAAUUGUUGUGAUGCUACUGCUAAAAAAAUAUAUACACUUAUAACAACAUGUGUUUUUCAUGUUUCAAUUCAAACUCUAAAAUGAAUAUGAUUUCAAAUAAAUAUUGUGCAGCAUGGACGCCACAGAUUUAAUUGCUCCGAUGAGCUUCUUUCAAUACAUUCCGUAUGCAUGGGAGUCGACUCAAAUACUAGAUAUUGGGUGGAAGGUAAGAUGAGGCUUGUUGGAGAGCUUUGGAAUUCCCAGUCUGAAUUUGGACCUCAGGGACAUUUCUCAGAAACUCUGACUUCAAAGUAUACAUAAAAAACCACCUAGAUAAUUGUUAGUGUAAAUAAAACAAAGGAACAAUGCAGCAGAAAACCUCUGCUUUUCAAAACACCAGGGCUUUACAAUCGAAGCAACAUGCAUAAUUAUUAAAAAAAAAUAAAUUAUAUUGCUAACAUUCUUGAUUGAUGUAGAAUGUUUUGCAUUUUAUUAUUGCUGGUUAAUCAGCUGCAUCUUUGACAAGUGUUUCUCAUUUUUACCACUGGAAAACAUUUGAAACUAUUUUUGAAUGUACUGAAUUGUCUCAGUCAAUAUUUUAGCAGCCUAUUUUUCCUUCAAGGCUUCUAAUAAAUUAAAAAUAUUCAAAGCUUAUAACAUUAGCAUCCUGUUUUCAAAAAUCAAGCACUUUGUUUUUAUUCCGUCAGUCAUUAUGACGUUCUGUAUCUGGGCUGCUGUGUAAUCUUAUUGUCAUGAUCCAAAGUCCAACUGUUGCAACAACGUGCUGCAACUUCAACAGCGGAAACCACUGAAAAGGAUUUCUCAGGAUAAGGAUUUUUUAAACUACGGACUACGAACUAAACAAGGAUGACAGCUCACAAGAGCAGGAACUGAUCCACUGCUACAACAGCAUGGUGAAGAGAGUCCUAGUAGCCUACGCCCUGUGGGCGAUGGGUGGGCCUUUGGGUCUUCACCAUCUCUACUUAGGAAGAGACAGCCAUGCUCUGCUGUGGAUGCUAACUCUGGGAGGUUUUGGCUUUGGCUGGGCAAGAGAGUUCAUACGUAUUCCAGCUUACGUCAGCGAGGCUAAUCGAGAUACAGAAAAAGAAAGAUGGCCGCGCAAAGAAGGACUCCCACCUGCCAGCCCCGUCAGAUUUGCUGGGCAGGUGUGUGUUGGGAUCUACUUUGGCAUGGUGGCUCUCAUUGGACUAAACUCCCUCAGUUUCUUCUACUUGAUCGUUCUGCCCCUAAGCGUGGGCGCAGGGGUUCACUUGGUGUCCAAUGUUGGUCAACAGACUGCCGAUCUCCAAAAAACCCUCACUGCCUGUCUUGUGACAUCACCGAUAUUCUACGGCAGCUCUCUCUCACCUCUUCCUAUAAGCUUGGCUGCUAGCAUCACUGCUGCACAGCACCGCAGGUUCAAACCUCCGAAAGCCCCUGGCAGCCAGCAGAAACUAGGUCCACGGCUUUACAGGAUUGGUCUAGCUUGGCUUGCCUUCUCCGCUCCACUGGGUUAUUGUUUUUUUUACAACACUACGGCCACACUGUAUUACCUGUCUGACUCAAUAGCUGCACUGCUGGAUAUUUUCUGGUUCCUGCCUUGGCUCAGAAGUGUGCUGGAAUACUUUCUUUUAAUGCCGUACCGCAUCCUGUGUGCACUGACUGGAGGGGGAUACCACGAAGAGGCUUGGAGGAAGGUGCUGGAAAUACUGCUGAAAGAGUACACACACAGAGAAAAAGAGGCGCUAAAGGUGUUGUCAUUGGAGACAGAGGCGUCUCUGGAGGAAAUAACUCGAAGCUACAGGGAGCUGGCCAAGACAUGGCAUCCAGACCACAACCCUAACAACGAUGCUGAGAAAAUGUUCAUGAAGGUCCAGGAAGCUUAUGAGGUCUUGAUGCGAUGGCACAAACCCCAGAGAUUCAAAUAGUAGUGCUAUUUUUCUUACAGACUGGCAAUCAUUGAGUUUCAUUUAAAAAAAAAAAGAACUGUUUAUGGGUACGUGACAAAUCAUUUGUACAGAGAUGUAUGUCUUGUUUAUUGAGCAUCUCUCAUUUGCAGUUCCUACAAUAAAUCUUCAGUUGGUUUCAGAUACAUUUUGCAGGGUUUGCAGGACAUGUUAUGUUGGUAUGCAUUUCGAGUUGAGUGCUCCUUGUUUGUUUGUUUGGAAGAUACAUCAUCAUCACCAUCAUCAAUCCUUGUGGACUGAUGGAACAAGAAAAGUGUCUAAAAUAUCAAUGUCCACUGUUGCAUUUGCUGCCAUCCAGGGAAAUUGACCUGUCUCUACAUCGUCCAUGCGUUUGGAAAUUUGGUUGUUUUUGUUUUUAUUAGGCAGGCAGCUUCACAUGUUCCACUGGAUUGGGAUGGCACCAAACACCAUUCUGCCUUCAUCUUCAUGUUGUACAUGCAGAUUCACAUUUGGGCCUUUUUCUGCAUGUAAAUCCCAUUUCAUCCUCAUUAUUUCUUUCAGUUCUGUGUUCUGAAAGGAAGCGUGCUUUGAAAUCUACCUUGAUGGGUUUUUUUUUAUUAUUAUUUAAUUUUUAGAACUUUCCGAUUUGGUAAGAUUUAGGCUGUAGGUAAAAUUAAAUGAGAAAACUCAACCCUUUUUUCCACACCUUGUGUUCUUUUGCCUUUCCUCCUACACCCAAAACCAUGCAUGUUAUGUUAAUUGCAGGUUCUAAAUUGAACUAAGGUAUGAAUGCAUGUAUGAAUGGCUGUUUCUGACACCUGUCUCUAUUAUGGCCCUGAAAAGGACUUGUCACUCGUAAACGUUGUAGUCUGUAUGUCUACUAUUGCCCAGCAGACAUAGAAACCAGCUGCCCUGUGACACUGAACCUAACAUAAAGCAAUUAUAGACAAUAAAUGGAUGGAUACAUUUUUCAUCUGGCAUGAUCUCUUGAUAGAAUUAUGUUUCCUGUCAGUCAGAGAGAUGCAACACCUAGUAUGGCCUCCUAUCAUUCUCUUUUAACUUCACACUCAUUUGAAGACUUAUAUACUUGUGCAGGUAUUGGUUUCAGAAGUGCAAAAGAUAAGAUAAUUCUUUAAUUCUAUUGUUUCGCUGGGUGAUUUAAAAAUGUUUUCUCUAUUAGAUUUUAAAAGAGUAUAGAGCAGAAAUGUCAGAUCAAUUAUUUGGAGCUAUGUUUGUACAAAGCCAUGCUGUUUAAAUGUAUUUUUGUAAUUAAUAUUUCUCUCAAAACCUGAACAUCAUCCAAUUCAUAACAGAAUUGUACUAUGCCUAAUGCAAUAGAAUUUUACACCUGUUUGAUUGCGCCAAAAACAACAAUUUGCUGCCAUCUUGUGGUACAAAUGUAAUAUUAAAAUAAACAACGUCAUUACUAAUUUUUACCGGCUGUCAUAAUCAUGUAUCAGCAGGUACUAUAUAUGUUUAAUUAUAAGUGUUUAUAAUUAUCAAGACAAGUGCAAAUAAUAAAAAUAAUAAUACACAUUUCGGGCUUUUACGUAAAACUUGUUGCUGGUUUGUUAGACUGAUGCUGCUCGAGAACACACAUUCUCGCUGGGAUUGUGUAAUUUCUACGAGCCCAUGUUGUUAUGAAACUAUAAACGUCAACAUAUUGUUUGUGUCUUAUGUGUGUAUCGAUGCAUUCGACAAUCACUGGAUCAACAGCUCUGUCUGUAUCCCAGCAUGGGCCCGGAAGUUGUUUGGGUUUCAGGUGAAAAAAAAAAGACGAAAAAAAGAAA